AUGGCUCAAGUCCAGUCAACUACAUUAUUUCUUCGAUUACCUGUCGAAAUUUUUUAUGAAAUAUGUGACUAUUUGGAUCUAAAAACAAUUCUUCUGUCAUUUCGUUAUGUUUGUCGAGAUUUUCAUCGAAUAACAAAUGAUUAUAAUCGAUAUAAAAUUUAUUUAAAUACACUGUCCAAACACGAUAUUCAACGUAUUUAUCGAAUGAUUCAACCAAAAAAUAUCAAUUGUUUACAUAUUUGGUUUAUCAAUAAAGAAAUCAUUCAACUAUUUCUUUCAUUAUUUCCAAUAAAUCAAUUUAUUCGACUUAAAAUGUUAACACUGUGGAACAUUGAAGAAUUUUAUUUAAGAGAAAUUUUAUUACAUUUAGCAACAAUCUCUUCACUUCGAUCAUUUUCAAUUUAUUCUGUAAAACAAUCGAACAUUUCCGAUGAAGUAUCAAUUCAUCUUUCCAAAUUACUUUUACAAUCAUCUCUUCGUUCUAUUCGACUAAUGUUGAAUUUUAAAGAAGAUUUUUCAUCGUUUUCUUUACAAAGAAUUCAUAUGAAUAGUUGUACAGAUGACCAAUUGAUUUCAAUGAUUAAUAAUUGUCCAAGUCUUCGUCGAUUAUCAUUAUAUAGUUGUCCAAUGAUUUCUAUGGACAAGAAUUUCAAUAAAAGUUCAUUAACUCACUUAGAAUUUUAUGAAACAAAAUUAUCAAUUGAUGAACUUGAAUCGAUUUUACGUCUGACGCCAUUAUUAACUCAUCUUUAUAUGAAUAAUUCCAAAAGUCGAUUUAAUUGUUUUCAAAGAUUAUCUCAAUGGGAAGAUUUUAUUCAAAUCAAUUUAAUCCAUCUUCAUACAUUUCAAUUUUCUUUAACUUGUGAAGAUUAUCGUAUUAAUCAUAUUGGAUUAUUACUCGAUGCAUUUCGAACAUCAUUUUGGUUAAAAGAUAAAUCUUGGCCAAUUACUUGCGAACUCCAAUGUUGGUUUCCAUGGUCACAAUUGACAAUUUAUUCAUCAUCAAAUAUCCAAACAUUUUUUCCACAUUGUUUCGAUUACAAAACAAUCUUUUGUUCAACUUCAACAAUAAAUAAUUCAUGGAAUGUAUUUCUUGCUGCAAACCAUAAUGCUUUUGCUUAUCAUACAGAAUGGUAUAGAUCAAUAUUAUCUCCAUUUUUAAACAAGUUAUCAGAAUUGGCAUUACAAAUUGAUGAUAUUUUAUCAAUUCAAUCGUUGAAAUAUUUUCUAUCCAGAUCAAAUAUUUUAAACUUUGUUACUAGUAUUUGGAUAAUCAUCGAUCAUCCUAAAUUUAAUGAUUUCAAAGCAAUUCAAGAUUUACUUAAUAUAUCAAUGUAUGUUAAUUCAGUUGGCAUUUGUUCUAAAUAUGGUUAUAUGAAAGAUUUGAUAGAUAAAAUAUUCGAUAGAUGCGAUUGUCAUAUUUUAAAUCAAUUGAAAAUCAAAACUGACGACUUAAGUUUUAUGAAAUGGACUAUUGAACGAGUUAAAGAUGUCGAGAGUUUCAAAUUUCUUCAUUAUUAUUCAUUACCAACAAUUUGGACAGAACUUAUCGAAUGGUUAACACUUAAACAUGAUAGAAAGUUUUCUUUUGAACACGAUCAAUAUUCUUUAACAAUAACAUUUCAUUCUCAUAUUGAGGUUGCCAAUCAAUUGUAA